AUGGAAUCCAUUGACCCCUCCACCGGCCGGCCUCUCCCCGCCGACGCCAUCCAACGAAUCCUCUUCAUCGCGCCCUCCGUCCAUGUCUACAACAUCCCCCCUCUGACCAGCACCAAAGGCUACGUGGCCGCCUCGUGGACUGCCGACAACAACAAGCGCCAGAUCUUCACCGCACGACUACGCAUCCUCGAGACUGCCAUCCCUAUGCCGAACAACGAGGAAUCGGUCAAGACAGACAUCUUGCUAGAAGACCCCAGCAAUGGACAGCUCUUUGCUUCAGCGCCAUAUACUGCGGCUGGGGUGGUAGAGCAGGUGCUUGAUUCCUCGCGCUUCUUUGCCGUCAGGGUCGAGGGCGAAGGAGGCAGGAAGGCGAUGCUGGGCGUCGGGUUUGAGGAGAGGAGCGAGGCGUUCGAUUUCAGUGUUGCGCUGCAGGAGGUCAGGAAGACAUUGGGGUUCGAUGAUAAUGGGAAGUCUGGGGGGAAGAAAGUGUCCAAGGAGAAGACUCCGGAGAAGAAAGACUUCAGCUUGAAGGAGGGCGAGACGAUCACGGUCAAUAUUGGAGGUAGAGGAAGGAGGAACCAGAACAAGGCGCAUCAGUCGAGUGGGGAUUUUGGUGCUUUUUCACUGCCGCCUCCACCUGGUGGUAGCUCUUUGCUUCCUCCACCGCCAAGUGCACAGGAGGUUAAGGCGCAGAAGAGGCUUAGCCAAAGUAUCGAAUUGCCCAAACCGGGUUCCAUGGAGGAUUUGGGGUUUGAUGAUGGGGAAUUUGGGGAGUUUCAGUGGCACAAAGUGCGCUAG